GUCGUCGUUGCAAACUGUGAAUAGUUCGGUUAUAUGGAUGCAUGUUAAAAAUCCGUACAUACAUAAAAACAAAAAGCCAACCUGCCAAAUAGCAAACCCAUUGUGGGCACUUCAAUUAAAGAAUCUCAUACGUCUGUAAAUAAGGGCCAUUUGCUAAGCGUUUUGAAUUCAAAAUGGAAGCGUCAGCGCGGGAUGUGGCUACAAGGCAGCCGGAUAUAUCGCAGUUUAUGCUUGAUGAUCUACAAUUGGCUGCCGAGCUUGGAAAGACGCUGCUUGAGCGCAAUAAAGAAUUGGAAAUCAUUCUAAAGGAAUACAAAAACAAGAGUGAGGAACAAGAGCGCGAAAUUUUGCAUCUAAACAAACAUAUAAAUGCCAUGACUGAGGUAAAUGAUUCUAGGCUAAAAGUUUACGAGCAAUUGGAAGCCGGUAUACAAGAUUUGGAACUCACAAACAAAAGUCUAAACUUGGAGAAAUGUCGCGAUAAGAAGCAAAUCAAAUCAUUAACGUGUAGCAUUGAAACACUGGAGGCACGUUGUGAUGAACUUACUCAGCUUUUGAAUGAGUGCAGACAAUCUCUCAAUGCGGAACGACGUAAGAAUGAUCAAUUGCAACAAGAACGCUGUAAAUUGCUUCGCAACAAUGAGGAAACAGAAUUGAAUGUCCGCAAUCUAGGAUUUACCGAAUUAAGUACCAUGGAUCAAUUUUCUUAUGGACAAAGAAAUGUGGCCAAUUCGACAGGAGUUUCCCAGCUUGAUGAUAUUUCUGUGCCAAAUAAACAAUUGUUGGGCGACAGUAUGAGUAAUCUAAAUGAUAGCGUCUCUAUCAAGAAUGAAGACAACGAAGUUCUUGUUAAAUUAGUCAGUGAUUUGGAAUCCAUGAAACGUGACUUUUUGUCGGAACAGCAACGUUGCGGCGAAUUGGAAGAGCAACUUAUCGCCAUUAUACAAGAGAAUCAAAGUUUACAGAGCCGUCUUGUCCAAACUAGUGCAAAUGAAGAAAUGAUGUCCAUGCAUGAUGAGUUCUCGCUCCUCGAAGACGUGAGACAGGGCCAAAUGUGCAUCCGUUGCUUGCGUGUCAUAGAUGAACAGAAUACAAACAACGAUGAGCAAUCAUCAAUAGCCCAGACCGAGGAAAUGGAUGAGGAGGACGAAAGAAGUUUGAUUGAUUUGGAAAGCCAGCGGGAUCGAGAUAUCGGAAGUGAUUUACAUUUAGAUAGCUAUAACUAUGGCAUUUCCAAUAAGGAGAACUUCCGUGCAUCUGGAUUGCCUGACAGUCCUAAUCCGUAUCGUGAUUUGGUUGAAAAAUAUGAAGCAUUGCUGGAAGUGCAGCGUUCUUCUAUAGCCAUCAAAACAAUGAAUUCAACUGCUAAUAACGCUCAAAAUAUUGGAAAUGUUGGUGGUUCAUCUCUGGCAAAGGAGCUGAAUAUAGGUGGCAAUAAAUUGAAACAUAAUUUUAUGAUGCAAACAGCUUUGGAUGCUACCCAGGAAACUGUAACUUCGAUAAGUAAUGACUCGAAAGACGUGGGAUUAUUAAUGAACGGUGUAGGAGGAGGUGGAGUAGGAGGAGCUGGUGCCGGACGCACACCAACCGAAUAUUCUGAGGCAGAGACAUCGUCAUCAGGAUAUUCGGAUGAAACGAGCAACAAGUAUACACAAACAGAUGAGCGUCCAGGAUUUUUCCUCUGUUCAAUUAGUGAUGGAGAAGAUUGUAAAUUUAGCAUUUACGAUGAUGUUAGUCCAAUUGAUUCGCAUUUCCGCAACCGUCCCGAGUACAAGGAGCUCUUCAAAGAAAUCUUUGGAGUGCUUAAGAAGGCCGCUGAAAACAAAGAGGAAGGUGAGAAAUUACCACUAUUGGAUGAUGAACACCAAACCAAGGAACAAACGACAGGAAAUGAUGCCAAAGUGCCACCAGUCACGCCCACCAAUGAGGAUCAGUCGGUGGAUUUUGCCGAUGACACCCAAAGUAUUAUAUCCUCAGCUGUGUCGGAUCAUUCGUUUGCCAUAUCUGAGUGCGUUACCAAACUGGAACGCAAAACGGCCAAAAAACAUAUAAACGAAACCAGAGCACAGGCGGCAAAUUGCCCACCCAUCAUGACGAAUUCAGCAUCCACAGCACAAUUAAGUUCGUAUAACAAAAAGUCAUCUGUCGCGGGCAAGAAUCUAAUACAAAUUGAGGAAAACGGACGAAUUCUAACGCCAUUCAAACGCGAACCACUUGAGUAUCUUAGCAUUGGUGUGGGAGUAAAAAAAAAAAAUCGCCGAAAACACAGAGGUCUGCAGAAUUCUGGAGAACGCGUCGAAUCACCAUUAGCCGCUACACCACGCUGUCAAGGCAAUGGCAAUGGCAAUUCUGGAGGCAGUGGCCGGCGAUCAGGAGGCAGAGAAUUUACGCCGAUAUCAUCAGAUAUAUUUACAAUGGAUAAUGGUCGACCAGGUGGACGGGGUGGACGUAAAUAUGCUCCAGCCUCUGGUGACAAUUGGAAUGGUUCUCCAAUGGUAAUAUAUAAUCGAAAUCUAAACAACUCUCGAUCAAUUCGUGGACGUGUCAUAGAUGUAAAUGGCGUUGAAUUCCAUCCCAAUACCGUAUCGCAAGAGUUAUAUAAGCUCAAGAAGCUUGAUCUGUCGUAUGCCGAGGUUCUACGCCGUGCCGAAGGAUGCGCCGAGCAUCCACAUUCCGCACUGCGAGCUCAGCGAUUGCAAAAUCGUCGCAAUGGCAACAAUAUCAAUAGUAAUCAUCGUCGGCAGUAAUGAAUCUACUCCAAAAAAACCCCAAUUGACUCAAUAGACAUAGACUUAGAAAUACCUAUAUAUAUAUAUACAUAUAACCAUAUAUAUAUAUAU